AUGAAGUCGCAGGCGACUCGAAGUACAACCUUCACUGUACCUCCGCUGGAUGGUACGCUCUCCAUCCCGCAGGUCUUCGACUUCCACGCACAAGAAAGUAGAGACCAUCCGUUGUUUGUGUUCGAAGAUGCCGCGGAAAGUCUUGCCCACGUCACGUAUGAUCACUUCAUGCGCGCGGCACACCGUGCGGCGCGCACGUUCACAGAAUACCAAAUGAACAUGGACCAUGCUCUGUCGUCCUCGAAGAAGGUCCCAAUCUUCGCAGUCUUAGCAGCUGCAGAUUCAAUGACUUACGUUGCUACUAUGAUCGGCAUUAUUCGCGCAGGUUAUUGCGCUUUUCUCGUCUCUCCACGCAACUCACCGCCUGCAAUCGCCCACCUCCUGUCUAUCACUCAAUCCGACUUCCUACUCACCUCAGCGGACACCGUGACACAGGACAUCGUUCACAAAGCCGUGGAUAUCCUCCAGAAAAAUGGAGGCACGAUUGCUGUUCGAGACAUUCCACGAUUUGAGGAGCUCUUUCACGACGUAGCGGUAUCAUUUGAGCCUCUUCCUCAAAUGCAAACCCCAAGCAUGGAUGACGUUGCGAUCAUUUUGCAUUCAUCUGGUUCAACGAAUUUCCCCAAGCCCAUACCUCUCACGCAUCGCGCCCUCCUUGAGUGGGGCAAAGGAACCUGGUAUGGGGAAGUCGAUCUUUGUGGCGAGGUCCUCGGUUGCCAAUCUCUUGCCCUUUUCCAUGCGAUGGGAGUCAUUACCCCCUUCUGGGCAGCUGCCUCCGGAAUGACACUUGCUGUAUUCAAGCCCGCGAUACCCGUAAUGAUACCGAAUCCGCACAACUUUCUGGAAUCUGUGGUCGCGACGCGGAGCAAUAUGGUGUUCUGUGUUCCAAGUUACAUAGAGGCCUGGCAGAAGGAUCCGAGAGCUGUCUCGCAUUUGGCGAAACUGAAGAGGCUGCUCUGGUGUGGAGGCCCGUUGAGUAAAGACGCCGGCGACGCGCUCGCUGCUAACGGAGUGUUCGUUACCCCAUACUAUGCUGCUACGGAAACUGGCGGAAUGAGUUGCUUUGUCCUCGAGCAGCCACUAGGCCCUGACUGGGAGUACUUCAAGAUUUCGAGCCACUGUGAACCGGUGUUCCUCCCGCAAGAUGACGAUAGUGGUGCAUUUGAGGCCGUUUUCAUGGAACGCUCCACGCACACGCCGUCCGUGUUCAACGCGACUAUCGACGGACGUAAAGGUUUUGCGACGGGCGAUUUGCUCAUUCCUUAUCCGCGUUUGGCCGGAUAUUACAAGGUUCUCGGGCGCGCAGACGAUCAAAUUAUGUUGAGCACCGGUGAAAAGACUAAUCCAGCUCCCAUAGAGAAAAUCUUGGUCAAGCAUCCCCUAGUGGCGAAUGCUGUGAUAUUCGGUCGUGGGAGGUUUCAAAACGGUGUCAUAAUUGAUCCCACUCCAGGCCAUCAUAUCGACCCCGAAGAUACAGAAGCACUGGCACAGUUUCGUAGGGAGAUUUGGCCGGUUGUUGAGGAGGCGAAUGCUUGGGCACCAUCUCAUAGCCGGUUGUUUCGCGAGGCAAGUCUGAUGAUCAUCCUCUCUUCCCCCUCCAAGCCCUUUUCUUUCACACCGAAGGGAACGCCACGCAGGAAAAUCGUCAUAGAGGACUAUGCUCCCGAAAUUCAAGCUCUCUAUACUGCGGUGGAGGAAUCCUCACAGGACGAUAUCGUGCCGCCGGGGACUUGGGAUUUGAACGGCAUCACGCAGUUCAUUCGCACCACUGUAAGAAAAGUCGUAGGCAGAGAAGAUCUAGCAGACGGGGACGACAUUUUCCAGUUGGGAGCAGACAGUCUAUCGGCGACGUGGAUUCGCAACUCCAUACUCCUUGCGCUUCGUAAAUCCAGCCCACUACCGUCUGCAAGCAUCCGUGCACUCCCGAUAGACUUCGUAUUCAACUUCCCCUCAAUCGCCAACCUUAGCGCAUUCAUAUUUGGCGUUGUCUUCAUGGCACAGAACAGCACCCCGUCGAGCGAACCCGAGGCACCAGAGGAGGCAGAUACGCCCGAGCAAACCUUUCAGUGGCCGACGCUCGGUCAGGUCGGACAGACGAUCAUCAAGCUGCGGGAAGGUCGUUUAGGCGCGGGUGGCACUGUUCACGCAUUCGGACCUUUGCAAGAGAAGUUUAGAUCGGCGCUGUGGGUCAUCCAGGUUACCCCCGACACUCCCCUCACCUCCUUGGCUGAGCAAACCUCUUUCUAUUAUCGAAAGAUCAAGGAACAGCAGAGCAGCGGACCCUACCGGCUCUCCGCAUUCUCGGCAACAAGCAUCAUCGCGAUCGCGCUCGCGAAGAUGUUCGAGGACAACGGCGACGAAGUGGUGCAGCUGGCGAUGCUGGACCACUUCCCCACCAUGUUCCAGUGCCCGGUCUACGGCCUCGAUGGCUUUGACCUCGACGAUCCCGUCGCGCGGCGCGCGUUUCACAAGGUGUGCAUGGAGGGCAUCUGCGACGCGCUGCGACGCGACGGCGGCGGCAAGGUGCCCCGGCGCCACCAGCUCGCGAACGAGCUCUGGGACGCGUUCAACGGGCUGCCGACGCCCGAGUUCAGCCAGACGUACUGGAAGACUGUGGAAAAGUUCAUGAACCUCAUGGUCGAAUUCAUGCUGACGCAGGGCGGUCGCGGCUCGACAGGCGGGAAGCGCUCGAUGGAGCCGCUGCUGGACUGGAUGAAGGCCAUCAAGGCGCCGGUGUCCGUCUACAUGGCAUCGGAGGGUAUGAUCAGGACGCUCCCUGAGCGGUACCGAGCGGAUUGGGCUGAUCUCGGAACACGCAUGUGUUUUCCCGACGCUCGUAUCAUUCGCGUCAACGGCGGUCACUUUGAUAUUCUCGCGAACGAUGAGCUUAUAAAGAGCCUCCAAGGGGGAUACCAUUAGACCUGGUUGCAGUUCCCAUAGCUUGUAGGAUAGUGAGUGGAAUUCGACAAAGAUGUCAUCAGUCCAAAAACCCCGACGUUUCUCAACGUCCGAUCACGCAUCUGUGGACGGUAGUGGACGGUAUACAACUUCAAACUACACGCGUGUUCCUCAUAUGCUAUCGACGGCGGCGGGAAGUAUGGAUCUCUCCUGGCAAGUGUCUAGUAAUACUAGUCCGCGUGUGAUAAGUAUGUAUAUCGAUAUCGAUACGUACGUACGUCUGUCUGUCAAUCUGUCUGUCUGCCUGCCUGCCUGCCUGAACGGGCGACAAAAACAAAGAAAGAAAGAAAGAAAAAAGUCAAACAGCUGGAUAAUAGGAAGAUGGAAGGCGCGCAACCGUCAAUGAAAUACACCGUACGAAGUCUCAUGAAGAGGUAACUCUGUAAGUAGUAGAAGCGGAGGCCGAGGGCUGGCGGAGGGUGGUGAUCCAGAAAGAUGAUAUUUAGAGAUGGGCUCUGAUGUCCGUGUUCCGUACUAGGUGUGAAACAAUAAAAGAAACGCACGUAAAAAAACAACGGCGCUCCCGAUACCAACCCAACCGACCGACCCCGCCCGAACGCACAUCGUCACAUACAUCUGGGCACACACGCAAGUCGCAAAAAUCAAGCAGCAUGUCAUCAUCCUCGCGACGACGGAAUAUCUUUGGAUGGGAAACAAAGGAAGGGAUGAGGACAAGAAGAAGAAAAAAGAGAAAGAGAAAGAGAAAGAGAAAGAGAAAGAGAAAGAGAAAAAAAGAAACCCAAGCGAGUCCAAUCUGCGCCCCCAACGAUCAAUACCUCGGCGGCCCCGCGCUCGUGCUCAACCGUGGCGCAGACUCGUAAUACGGAUCGUACUCCCCGCUCCGCCCAUACUGCCCGCUCCCCCGCAUGCCCUCGUACUCGUCGCGGUACGGCGAAUUGAGGCUGGCGGUGCUCAUAUUACCCUGCAACGGUACGAACGCGCUCGAAUCAGAACUGCGCAACCCACGGGAGGACGCCGCGCCCGCCCCGCCGGCACCAGCCCCACCGGCGACGUUCGUGGUGCUCAUCGGGUACGUCGACGACGCCGACGGCCCACUUCGCGCGGCGGCGGCACGGCGGCGGCGGGCGAGACAAAUACCGAAAACCGCACCGAGUAUCCCGACCGCCGCGAUCGCGGCGACCACGCCUCCGAUGAUCGCGCCCGUGUUCGACGAGCCCGAGUUGGCCUGGUUGCCGCUCCCGCU